UCCGGACCGUGUUUUCAGAAUGAGAUCCGUUGGUUCUAUGACAGGACAGACGGCGUCUGCAAAGAGUUCCUCUAUGGAGGCUGUGAUGGCAAUGAAAAUCGAUUCGCAUCUCGAAGUGAUUGCGAGGCCAAGUGUUGGAACUCACAAGACAUCUGCAAACUAUCCAAAGUAAUCGGUUCCUGUUCUGGACGUUUCACUCAAUGGUAUUUCGACUCGAAUGCCAACGAAUGCCUCGAAUUCUUCUUCAGUGGAUGUCAUGGAAACGCGAAUCGAUAUAACAAUAAAGAGAUGUGUGAGACUCAGUGUCAAAAACAACUGCCACACAGCGGUGUCUCAACCGCCUCUUCGGUGACCAAUGUGUGUGACCUGCCGUACGCGUCGGGUAUGUGUAAGGGAUACUUUCCGCGAUGGUAUUACUCGCGAGAGGAUAACGGAUGCAAACAAUUCAUUUACGGCGGAUGUGAUGGAAACGAAAACCGUUUUGAUAACCGACACGAAUGCGAAUCCAGAUGUUUGGCCAGAACUUCCAGACCACUGGACGGGCCGGGAGAAUAUGAUUCCAGCGAAGUUGUGUGCCGUUUGGAAGUGGAGUCCGGGCCGUGCCGUCAGACGCAAGCGUUUUGGUUUUACGAUCCGCAAAGUCAUAUCUGUCUUCCUUUCGCUUACGGCGGAUGUAAUGGCAAUAAGAAUCGCUUCAAAACAUAUGAAUUAUGUAUGAAAUUCUGUUCGGGAAUAUCACCCGUUCAGCCCAUUCCCCCGCAAAUUCCCACUGAGUUAAGACCCGUUUCUGAAUCACCCGUCGACUGUCCGCCGUCUGACUGUGAGGACCAACGCUGUCCUUUCGGUAUCGAUGAGUUCGUAGACGAGAGAGGAUGCAGUGCCUGCCGCUGCUCUAACCCAUGCUAUGUCUUCCAAUGCCCGGAACACAUGCAAUGCGCUGUUGAAGUCUAUAGGGCUGAGAAGGGAGAGCCCAGAGCUCAACCGGUUUGCCGAUUACGGAAUAAGCCCGGAGUCUGUCCGUCGGAUCUGUCUUCAAACGCAUUGUCGUCCGAUUGUGUCGAUCGGUGCAGAACUGAUGCCGACUGUCGUGCGGAUGACAAGUGUUGUAACAACGGAUGCGCUCACGUAUGUGUCUUAGCCGAAGGCAUUACAACUAAUACGAGCACUCAUUACGAGUCAUAUCCACCCCAAACGAGAGGAGAUUCGCGGCAAAUGGAAAUUAUUAUCACUCCUGGAAGUGGUGUAACACUUAAUUGUGUUGAAUCGACGCAAUCAAACAAAGCGUCGUGGAGUAAAGAUGGACAGCCCCUAUACUUAGUGUCCGAUAGGAUACAAGUUCUGGAAAACGGGUCGUUAAGUAUAACACAAGCGGAGAACGAAGACGCGGGCACUUAUUCCUGCGCUAUUGAUAACGCGGAUACUAUGCAUACAAGGCUUUUAAUCAAUGCCGAAGGCAUUACAACUAAUACGAGCACUCAUUACGAGUCAUAUCCACCCCAAACGAGAGGAGAUUCGCGGCAAAUGGAAAUUAUUAUCACUCCUGGAAGUGCUGUAACACUUAAUUGUGUUGAAUCAACACAAUCAAACAAAGUGUCGUGGAGUAAAGAUGGACAGCCCCUAUACUUAGUGUCCGAUAGGAUACAAGUUCUGGAAAACGGAUCGUUAAGUAUAACACAAGCGGAGAACGAAGACGCGGGCACUUAUUCCUGCGCUAUUGAUAACAAGGAUACUAUGCAUACAAGGCUUUUAAUCAAUGUGCCGGCCCGCAUACUCCCCGGUCCGCAGAUAGUGAUCGCACAGUUGAAUUUGCCCUCAUAUUUGCAGUGCAAUGCUAUUGGAAAUCCUGAUCCAAGAGUCACUUGGUGGAAGGGACAGCAAAUGUUGCCAUUGAAUAGUAUCCAAUACCGACAGUUCAGUAAUUUUACAUUACUUAUUAGGAAAGUUGAUGAUAAGGACGGAGGCAUUUACACCUGUCAGGCGUACAAUGGUUUGGGACCCAUUGCUCUCUGGGAUGCGUACAAUGGUUUGGGACCCAUUGCUCUCUGGGAUGUCAUGCUUUUGCUUGACUUUUCUUCGUCAGAACCUGAGAUCAGACCAUAUGAUUCCUCUGCGUUUAACUCGACCAGUAUUAGAGAACAAACUAAUUAUACAAUGAAUGGCAACAUUCAUCCAAUUGAUCCCAAUAUACUAACAAACCAAAGACAUGAUCCCUUGACUGUGGAGGUAAGAACUCUAUCCACUGACCAUACGGUUGGAUCAACUCUUGAACUAGAGUGUAGAGUACGCGGUACGUAUACUACAAUCAACUGGUUCUUCAACAGUGACACACCAUUGGUGUCAGACAACAGACACUAUCGCAUACUUCACAACAAUACGCUAAUAGUGUAUGAUUUGACAACAAAUGAUUCGGGAGACUACCGGUGCCGGGCGUCCAAUCAGUACACUGAAGGCUAUGCCUCCACACCUAUUCGUGUUGAAAGAGUAGAAAUCUCGAGUGGAUGUGAAGACAGUUCGUAUUUUGCCAAUUGUGACCUCAUAGUGAAGGCCAAGUACUGCUCUAACCCUCAUUACGCGAAGUUCUGCUGUCGCUCUUGUCUUCUCGCCGGACAGUCAGACAGUAAUGCCAUUUAACGCAAACCACACAACCAUUCAAUCAAACACCGAGUGUUCAUUCAAUCACUGCCUAAGCUUUUGAAUUAAACAUUAAGUUAUUUUUAUAGAAAACAGUCAUUCAUUAAAAAAAAGUAUUAUAUUUUAUUAUAUUAAAAAAGAUUUUAUUUACGAUAUAAUCUUAAUAUAAGAUUUGUUUUCAUAAAAAAUCAAUUCAUUUAUUUAUGACAAUCGUAUAAGUUUUAAAUCGAGAAUAUUAUACAUUAGUAUAAAUUAAAAAUUAUUCGUUAAAUAAUCAAUAUUUUACUGCAAAAUGUAAUUCAAAUAUAAAUACAAUAAUUUUAAAA